AUGAUACGGUCUUUUCUCGCCGCCUCAAACCUCGUCCCUCCUCCUCUUUUUCGGGUGCUCCCUCGCUCGGAAGACGCGCGCCUGCCCCCGCUUUCCGGCGUUCGCGCGUACCACGCGUCGCGCGUCCCACUCGCCUCUCGCCUCGAGGACGAACUGGCCGGCGACUUUCGGACCGGCGGCGGUCGCCUGACGCAGCUCGGCAAAAAAUUUGAAAAACACCUGAAGGACGGACAAAAAAUUCCCGACAUACUGAGAAAUUACAUCGAAAAGAGCCUGUCCUAUCCUGAGGUUCAGUCGGAAUACCUGAGUGGCGCAGCGGGUCGUGGGAACGUCGUUUGCGGUCUCAGAAGGCUGGUAUCGAGCCUGGACAGCUUGGAUCUGCUGAGGGAUAUCACGGGGUCCCUGACCGCCCAGAAGCGAGCUUUUCCUCGCGCAUCCGAGCUGAGUUCUUCAGGCAUCGACCGCCUGCUCGAGCUGUCACUGGCGUCGGACCGCCCCGCUUCGGAGGAUGCGGUGGUCGACGUGGCGCGGAUGCUGGACGAAAGAGCUCAGCGCGGCCUCGCCGCGAGCUUAGACGAUGCGCAAAGUGACGAGCCGAGCCAGGUCGUCUACCUGCCCAAUCCGUCGCACCUGCCGGUUGGAUUGGACCAUGAGGCGUUUGACCAGCUAUUCAAAAAAAAAGACGGGACCUAUUUUGCGAACGUCCGCGUCGCCGAUUCCAAAAAUUCUGACAUUUCGGAGAAUUCUGUCCCCAUCAGGGCCGUUCUAGAGCGCGCCGGAAAUUCUGACGAGAGGACGGUGCCGGAGGAUUGCGCGCUGGAGCCCUUUAUGCCGGGGGCGAAGGCCGGCGAAUUUGGCGCGAGGGAUUUGGCCUCAGAAGAGCGGUUGUUGUGCAAACGUCUAGACGCGAAAAAAAGUUUUGGAAUGCGCCGCGAUCCGCCGAGCCGAGAGAAAGUCGGCUGUUCUCACCCGAGUCAAGCCGCCAGUUUACAGAAGAGCAGUUCCACAGCCCCCUCUACCGAGGGUUCGCCCAACUUCGAGUUGGUGCCAAGUCUUGGAUCUUCUUUGCGACCGCGCGACUUCGCUCCAGAAUUUUCUCUCGAACACCUGUCAAAUUUAGAUUGUACCUGUUGUACCGACUUCAAGUCCGCCAUCGACCGACGGCAUGUCGAAUGUCUGGCUCUGCUUUGCGACCGGUACAAUGCCGCCACGCAGUCCUCGGAAUCUCCGCUCCACAUAAGCUGCUAUUUCGAAGGGGAAGACUGUGUGCGCCACUUUCUCGAGGUCAAUCCCGAACUUGUUCGUCGGUACAAUAGUUCUCGAAUGACGCCGCUCCAUAUAGCCUCGGCCAGAUCGAGCGCCCCCUGCUGUUCUCUCUUGCUGGAUCACGGCGCAAGCGUCAACGAGUGCGACGAUUCUGGAGUCACGGCGCUUCACAUAGCGGUCGCCAACCGCGCGAGUCCGGAAGUGGUUGCCCUGCUGCUGCGAAGCCACGCCAAUCUCUCCCUGACAGACCAGGAAGGCGCGACGUGUCUGCACAUCUCCGCGGAAUUGGGCGACCUCGCGCUCUCGAAGUUGUUACUGAAACUCGCUUCGGAGCGCAAAAUAGAGUGGAUCGACCUUCCUACUAACUCAGGAGAGACCGCGCUCUUUCUAGCUUCGGAACAAGGGCACUUGGAUGUCGUCUCGUGCCUCAUUGACUACCGUGUGGAUGUGAACAGACCGAACGUGCACGGACUAACCCCGCUCCACGUAGCUGUCAAAGGAAAACACAAAAAUGUAGCUUCGCUUCUUCUUCUUUCCGGCGCCUUGUCUCAACCCGCAGACGACUCCUCCAACACCCCGCUUCACCUCGCAAGUCUGGAAGGCUGCCUGGACAUCUGCAAGCUCCUGGUCGAAAAACACAAAGCCGCCGUAGACGUUUCCAAUGAAGAAGGCUGGACUCCAUUUUUACUGGCCUCCCAGAACGGACACAUAGACUGCGCUCGAUUCUUGCUCCAGUGCGGCGCCAGCCUUCACCGCGUCAAUCAAGACGGAUCCAGCGCGCUAAUGUUGGCCCUGUCCGCCUCAAAAUCCGACAUGGCCAACCAACUUAUCCAGUGGGGAUCCAACGUCAACGCCGCCGACUCCUCCAACCUCACCCCUCUCAUGAUCGCCAUUCAAACUCGCCAACUACCCCUAGUCGAUACACUCCUGCAACUCGGCGCGAACGUUAAUGCGGCCACCAACGACCACAUCACGCCCCUCCACUACGCCCUCGAAGAAGGCCUGCUCCCCCUCGCCAACACCCUCCUACAACUCGGCGCAGAUCCACACGCCAAAACCUCCGACGGGUACUCGCCCAUCCACUUCGUCGCCUCUCUGAACGACGUCUCCUGGGCAGAAAAGCUCUCGCGCCUCGGCGCAGACGUCAACGCGAUGACCAACUCCGGCGUCACCCCCCUAAAAAUAGCCUCCGAUGGCGGCAACCAAGAAAUGAUCCAAAAGCUGCUCGAACUAGGCGCUGUGCAAAACAUGAACGUGUUCACCUGGCUUGAACUCCAAGAAAAAAAAAAAAAAAAUUGUCACUAA